AUGUAUGACGAAAACAAAGAACCAUUAUUAACGUGUUUGAUAUUUCUUUCAUUUUUUUUCUUAUCUUGUUCCCUCCAUCUUCCUUUCUUUUGUUUUUUUUUCUCUCGUUUUUACUUCUUUUUAGUGAUUCUCUUAAACCCAUCUUCCUCAUUUCUCAUCAUUUUAUCAUUCUCCCUUCUUAAUUUCUUACUUUAUUUUUUAUCCACCAGAAAAUUUAAGGUUUUACUAUUUUCCUUUUUUCUUUUCGCUACUCUAAUCACUUUUAUCUAUCCAUCAUCGUUUUUUUCCAUCAUUCUAAAACCAUUUUUGUUUAUCAUUCUAUGCUUUUCGUUAUUGUAUCUCCAUCUUUUUUCGCGCUUCUUAUUCGACAACUUCCUUUUCUUUUCCUGUUCGACUUCUUCCCUUUCUUUUCCUGUUCGACCUCUUCCCUUUCUUUUCCUGUUCGACCUCUUCCCUUUCUUUUCCUGUUCGACCUCUUCCCUUUCUUUUCCUGUUCGACCUCUUCCCUUUCUUUUCCUGUUCGAUCUCUUCCCUUUCUUUUCCUGUUCGACCUCUUCCCUUUCUUUUCCUGUUCGACCUCUCUCUUUUCUUUUCCUUUUCGACUUUUUCUUUUCCUUUUCGACUUUUUCUUUUUCUUUUCCUUUUCGACUUUUUCUUUUUCUUUUCCUUUUCGACUUUUUCUUUUUCUUUUCCUUUUCGACUUUUUCUUUUUCUUUUCCUUUUCGACUUUUUCUUUUUCUUUUCCUUUUCCUGUUCAACGUUCCUUUUUUUUUUCGUGUUCGACCUUUUCCCUUUCUUUUUGCAUUCGACCUCUUUCCUUUCUUUUCCUAUUCGACUUCUUGUUUUUCUUUUCCUGUUCGAAAUUUUCCCCUUUUCUUCUUUGAUCACUUCCUUUUUUUCCACUUUUACUUCCUUUUCUUUUCCUCUCUUAUUCAUCCUUUUCUUUUUAUUUUACCCUCUUCGUUUUUUCUCUUCUGUAUCUACACCUUUUGA